AACUUGACCUGACCGGAUAUAAUACGUGUAUUAAGGAAAAAAUGACGUUUUUGGAGUCAAAAGUCAAAUCCGUCGGACCUUCACUUAACAGUCCAACUCAUCAUAUCUCAUUCAUGGCGACUGCUGCGAGCAAUAUGAAAAUAAUCAGAGGGACUCUUAUUUUUGGAAAUGUUCUAACAAAUAAGGGAGGAGCUUACAACAAUAAUACUGGUAUCUUUACCGCUCCCGUAUCUGGGUCAUACUUCUUUAUGGUCACUAUUGGACUUCAAGCCCCAACCCCCGCUAAUAACAAGGACUACCUAAGGAUACAUAUCAUAAAAAACAGCAGAGUUGCUGGAUACUUGUUUAUCGGAACUGAAGGUUUAUGGCUCAAAAGAUCAGAAAAUACAUUACUGGAGCUUUCAAAAGGGGACAAAGUAUAUGUGAACCUCAGUGACCCAGCAACUGGGUUUCCCUACAUUGCGGGAGGAAAUCAUCUCUCGCAUUUCUCGGGAUUUCUGAUCAAUUGAAAUAGUUUUUUAUUUGAAAAAAUUGAAUAAAGUUUUACAUGUGAAAUGACGAGGAAAAUAAUAUUUAUUACCAGUAACCACAUUCUCUGUGCAAUGUAAGUAAAGAAAAUAUGCGGACGUAUUAUAAUUCCUAAUUAAAACAUGAUUG